AUGUCUGUGCUGAGAAUGAGGGCCGGCGCAUCUGAAUUGAAGCGUCAAGCUGAGGAUCGCUGCAAACAAGCGAUAACUCACGGGUCACGGCGGCUGAUGUUGAAGAAGCAGAGCAACGAAGCCGCAGACGAAGCGGCGAAGCGCGGUGGCGGGCUGGCGGCGGUCCUCCACGGAGUCGCCCAAACGCUUGCACGCGAAGAGCACGAUGAGCAUCACGCAGCAGGCCCAGACCUUGGAGUGGCUGCGGCUGAGCCCUUCUCUUUCAACCGUGGCAUCGGGCGGCGGCGGCGCCAGCUCGUGCUCGCCAAGGAAGCGGAACAGCAUCAGGGUCACAGGGUGGAGUGCACCGUAGCCGAGAGCCCGAGAGUCACGAAAGCGAGAUGGAGCCCAAGUCGCCUGCGGUUGCGCCGCGCCCUGUACAUGGCCACGGCGGAGGUCAUGACUCAUGGCCAGGACGACCUCCAGGCCACUGGCAUCGGCGGUGUCUCUCUGUUUCAUGUGGUGAUCGAGGAGAUGAGCUGA